UUCGCCGAGGCUGGGGUGGGUGUGACGCUCGCGACUGCCCCGGGCCAGCUGGGCUGGGAAAGGGCGGGCCAUGCGCUGAGCGAAGAGAGCAAAGUUCCCCAAAUCGCCGGGCUGCCUCCGUCAGAAACCCAACACACAGGACUCAGCUAAGCAUGGCCCGGUAUGAAGACGACGGCGCCGGCGCCCCCUCCUCCUCUUCCAGAUGCUGCCGGUGGCGGUACUGCUUGUGGGGGCUUUUCUUUCUCUGGGCCAUACCGAGAACUGGAGCAGAUAUUCAUUAUGCAACUGUGUACUGGCUGACAGCAGAAAAGUCCUUCCAGAUUAAAGACGUGUUGGACAAAAAUGGUGAUGCUUAUGGCUACUACAAUGACACUGUACAGUCUACAGGAUGGGGAAUUCUGGAGAUCAAGGCAGGCUAUGGUAGCCAGACCCUAAGCAAUGAGAACCUCAUGUAUGCUGCCGGUUUCCUGGAGGGAUAUCUCACUGCUUCACAUAUGUGUGACCAUCUUGCAAACCUUUAUCCGCAGAUGAUUAAAAAUAUCCUCAUUGAAAGCGAAGUAAAAAAUUUUAUGAGGAAACAAGAUCAGUGGACAAGACAACAAAUCAGAAACAACAAGGAUGACCCCUUCUGGAGACAUGCUGGAUACAUUAUUGCCCAGCUGGAUGGGUUGUACAUGGGAACUCUGGAGUGGGCUAAACGAGAACAGAAAACACCUCUCACUCCCUUUCAAGUUGGUUUCCUGAAUGCAGUUGGAGAUUUGCUUGACCUCAUUCCUGUCUUAUUAUCAGAUUCAGCAAAUGCAGACUGUAAUGUUAUGCCAGUAGGCUCUGGGCGAUAUCAGUGGGAUAUGGGUCACUGCUCAGCUCUGAUAAAGGUCCUUCCUGGAUAUGAGAAUAUCUACUUUGCUCAUUCUAGCUGGUUCACAUAUGCUGCUACUUUGAGAAUAUAUAAGCACUGGGAUUUUAGAAUCGAUGAUCCACAAACAAGCACAGGACGUGUCUCCUUCAGUAGUUACCCAGGUUUUUUAGUAUCCCUGGAUGAUUUUUAUAUACUUGGGAGUGGCUUGAUCAUGUUGCAGACCACAAAUAGUGUAUACAACUAUUCUCUUCUCAGACAAGUGGUUCCAGAGAGUCUCUUUGCAUGGCAAAGAGUCCGCAUCGCCAACAUGAUGGCAGACUCUGGAAAGACCUGGGCACAAAUCUUUGAAAAGCAAAACUCUGGUACCUAUAAUAACCAAUAUAUGAUCCUGGAUACAAAGAAAGUCAAAUUGCAAAGGAGUCUUGAUAAUGGAACCCUUUUUGUCAUUGAGCAAAUUCCUAGACUUGUGGAAUAUUCUGAUCAGACAGAUGUUCUCCGAAGAGGAUAUUGGCCUUCCUAUAACAUCCCUUUUCAUCAAAACAUCUAUAAUAUGAGUGGAUAUGCUGAAUAUGUUCAAAAAUAUGGCUUAGACUUUUCCUAUGAGAUGGCUCCAAGAGCAAAAAUCUUCCGACGGGACCAGGCGAAAGUUGUAGAUGUGGAGACUAUGAAGUACAUCAUGAGAUACAACAACUACAAGAAAGAUCCCUAUGCAAGGCACAACCCCUGCAAUACCAUCUGCUGUAGAGCAGAUUUGAACUUGAAGACUCCUGUUCCUGCUGGCUGCUAUGACUCUAAGAUAGCGGACCUCAAUAUGGCUGCAAAGUUUACAGCCUAUGCUAUCAGUGGUCCCCCCGUGGAGGAGGGCCUGCCUGUCUUCAGCUGGACCCGUUUCAACCAGACAAAGCACCAGGGCUUGCCAGAUUCAUAUAACUUUGAUUUUAUCACCAUGAAGCCAGUGCUAUGAAACUGCCAUCAGGAUUUUUCUUUGUACAUGUUUAUUUCCGACCAAAUAAACCAGCCUGGAAUUCUACCUUUA